GAUUCGCCAAACAAAGGCCGUUGUCCAUUUUCCCUGGAGCGUCUAAGUUUAACACGUUUGUUUGUGCUAAAAGUGAAACGUGCCUAAAAUGAAAACUGAGUAUUCGGUAACGUGAAGAUGCAAACGUUAACAUCCAUUAACCACACUUAGUACCAACAUCUGUGCAAGUAGUUAAAAGUAUCUUCUUCCAGAACUCAUUCAUAUAUGUAAUUCUGUAUGAAUGCAACUCGUAUCCAACGACCCGUUCUGAUAAAACGUAACCAAAGUACAUAAAACAUAUUUGCAUUGUUUAUAAAAUUCACGGCAAAGGUAAAAUUACACGUUCAGAUCGCGUGAACACCGGCGCACGUACAUAACGUUUAUUUCGCUUUCAAUUACGCAUAAUCGUUAGAUACUCUAGUGAAGAAGCUUUCGAUAACCAGUUUUUAUCAGAUGCGAACGUUAAAAAGCUAUCUACAAGUGAUAUGUGAUAUCGUUCGUGUUAUCUUAAUCUAAUCAGUGCACUUUAUUCUUUAUACAGUGCUAUCUUUGCAAUCAAGCUGUUUUGCGACUAAUAACCAUUAAUUGUUCACAUACAUGUAUGCCUCACAUAUUUCUGUUUAUACAAUAUAUAAAUAGCUUGAUUUGAAAUUCACGUUAGUGUUCAGAAAAAGUUUGCGUCAAAUCUUGAAUAAUAUAAAAAUAUUAGUCACUCGACAAUAGUGUUGCAUUCCUUAGAAAGAUACUUGAAUCAUAAAAUAUCCGCGGAAAUAAUCAGUGUAAAGAGUGUAUUGCGCGAGAUUGAUCAUUGGUGAUUUUUUCCAGUAUCGAAUUAGUAAACAAGUUAGUUUUGGAACCCCAUCCAAUUUAGUUCUCAUUGGCAAAUAAAGAUCUUUAGUAUCUUUAGUUCUAAGUGCUGAACUUCGAUAAGGAAUAGCAUACAUUUCGAGCUGAUACGCCGGUCUGCAGGAUUAAAACUGUCUGUGAUGACAUGACAUCUACACCAACACAUCAUGGACGACAAGAAGGCAAAAUAUUUACUAGUUUUCAUCACCGUCCUCAUAUUGGUCAUAAACUCAGUGCUAUCUGCUGAAACAAACGAGACCUUGUUGUGCUCAAACAAUGAAAACCAAACAGGAGCAUGUGAGUGCGAAAACCAUAGUUCUUCGCCAUGGGGAAUAAGAACUGUCGACAUUGAUUGUCAAUCGAGGAAGUUCACAAUUACAACGUUCAACUGGGAGGUACUACCUGCUCUGAGUGAAACGCUGGAUAUCUCAUGGAAUUUAUUUGAAUAUGUCCCCGAUCUGGACAGCAACACCUUAAAACGCUUAACAGCAUCACAUAAUAAUGUCACCGCUCUGGAUGAUAACAAUUUCAAUAAGUUGCCGCAACUUAGAGAUCUAGAUUUAAGUUGGAACAGUAUUGAAGUCAUAUCUGUAAACGCAUUUAUUGGACUCAGUCACUUGCAAAAGCUCGACAUUUCGCAUAAUCAUCUCAGGAAAAUUUCCUUCCAUGUAUUUUCAUAUCUUGUGGCCUUGGAUGAGAUCAACCUCUCAUGGAAUCAAAAUUUGAAUGACACAUUUGGAUUGCAAGAUGUCGAUCUAUUUUUAGGACUGGGAGCCACUCCUAGGCUGAAAACUAUAAGAAUGAAUCGUUGUGGCUUGACCAGCUUGGACCUCAGUCAUGGAACAAAUCUUACAAGUAUCUACCUCGAAUGGAACAACUUCACAUCCAUACCGACCCUGCCACGUGGCGUUACGUAUUUAGAUAUGAGUGGAAAUCCCAUUGAAGUGAUAGGAACCAAAUUCUUCCCGCAGAUGUACCAAUUAGAAACACUUAUGAUGGAAGACAUGCCCCAGUUGCGUGAAAUUGGACCAUACGCACUUUAUGGUCUCCCAGCUCUUAAGAAAGUCAGCUUCCAAAAUUCAAGAUCUUUGAAGAAAAUCAACCCUGAAGCUUUCGGACCUAUUCAAACUGGCAACGAAACAGAACAGUUGGCAUUAGAGGAGCUAAUUCUUCGAGGGGCUGCUCUGGAGACAUUGAAUUCAUCACUCAGCUCAGUUUUCCGCAAUUUGAAAACCAUCGACUUGGCUGGUUUGCCACUGGACUGCGAUUGCCGAGUGGUUUGGAUCAAACAUCUUGACAUUGAGACAGGAGCUCAAUGCCAUGAGCCAAAGAUUCUACAUGGAAGCAAAGUAUCGGAGAUGAACUUCCACGAGGCUGAGUGUAAAAGUUGGCCCGGUUGGAUACAACACACGAUGCAUGGAUUGAUGCUAAUUGUCUUCUUGGUGGUAUGUUCUGUUGGAUUCUACAUGCUUGUGGUCCGAUUACGACCAUUUCAUCGUUCAUCAAUGAGAAAAGUUGGACCCAGUAGUCCUUACGCACCUAUCACAAUUGAACCAAAUCGCGCUGAGAACCAUUUUUAAUUGUUUCAGGGAUGAAUAUGCUUUAGUACACUUAAGACUUUUAUGUACAUAUAAAAACUGAAAUGUGUUUCCUUAAUUAUUAUAUAAUGAACUACUGUUAAGUAGAACUAAAAGUAUUCUUAAACGAUAAUAUUUUCUAUGUAUAUACUGUAAUAAAUACAAAUAUAUUUUAUAUACCGGAAAUUUGAA